AUGGACAUAAUUCAUCUUCCCACUGCUCAAUAUUUCCAACUGGUUGAUCCUCCAAGUCUCGACCUUCCACCAGACAAUGUCCUCAUCCGUCCCGAAGUCCAGGCAGCCCUAUACCAGCACAUGUUCGACGAAUCCUUGACCCCACUACCACCAGCAACAUACCGGGCGCGCAUCUUGAAGUUACUGAUUGCGCGCAUCGAAGGCGCCCUUACAAACCCCGAAGAAGAUGAAAUCCUCGACGACCUAAUGACAGCCUGGGGAAAUCUCCUCGCCCAACCAAAACCCAGCCCCAUGGACAUCGCAACAGAACUCUCAAAUGUAAAAUACACCGCUCCCCGCCAACCACACAUCCCCGACCGAACUGUCAUAACCGUUGAGAACCGCGGCCUGAUCCUCUCGGGCGGAACGACCGGUAACAGAACAUGGGAAGCAGCGCUUCAUUUGGGCUCUUUCCUUGCUUCGGCUGAAGGUCAGACUAUCGUGCAGGGGAAGAAGGUUAUUGAGCUCGGUGCAGGGACGGGGUUCUUGUCGUUGCUUUGUGCGCGACAUCUUGGUGUAAGGAGCGUUGUGGCGACGGAUCGGGAGCCGGGGUUGGUUGCGAAUAUGAGGGAGUGUGUGCGGCUGAACUCGGUGGCGGAGGGGAGGGAUAUUUCUAUGUAUCCUGCUCUGUGGGAUUGGGGGACGCCGUUGGAGGGGGUGGAGGGGGUGGAAGAGGGUGAAUUGGAGUUUGAUAUUGCUCUUGGAGCGGAUUUGGUUUAUGAUGCGGAUAUUGUUCCACCGCUUCUUGUGACGCUGCGGGAUCUCUUCGAGAAUUAUGGUGUUGGUCAUUUUGUUACUGGUGUGGCUUUAAGGAAUGAGGCUACAUUUCAGGCAUUCUUAACUGAGUGUGAUUCUUAUGGUUAUAAGGUUGAACGUUUACCGUUCGAAUCUACCCCGGCUGAUCAACAGACUGGAUUUUUCCAUACAACCGACAUCCCGGUUCAAACAUAUCGUGUUUUACCGGCAUAG